AUGGGUCGACGAGGUCAUAAAAAACAAAAAGCGUUUCGUCGUGCUACAGUCGAUGCUAUUCGUAAAGCUCGUCUCGAAAAACAACAAGCAAACAAUGGACAAUCAACAAAUAAUAAAGACGAAACAAUACAAGAUGAUCAACCACGUGUUAACAAAUAUGAAGAUAUUGUUAAAGAAAAUGCAUUACUCGAAAAAUAUUACAAGGCCAUGAAUCUCGUACCUGAUGAUGAAUGGGAUGCAUUUUUAGCAGCAUUAAAAGAACCAUUACCAGUUACUUUUCGUGUAACAGGUUUUCGUACACAUGCUUUUGCUGUAAUGAAUCUUAUUCGAGAUCGAUAUUUUCAACCACUUGAAUCAUCAACAACAAUUGAUAAACCAAAAGAACUUGUCUGGUAUCCAGGCAGUUUAGCAUGGCAAUUAAAUCUUAGUCGAAGUCAAUUACGUAGUUCUCCAGAAUUACAAAAGCUUAAAGAAUUUCUCUAUGAACAAACUGAACAUGGAAAUAUCAGUCGUCAAGAAGCUGUAUCGAUGAUUCCACCUUUGGUUCUUGAUAUUCAACCUCAUCACAAAAUCUUAGAUAUGUGUGCUGCACCUGGUUCGAAAACUGCUCAGAUAAUUGAAUGUCUUCAUCGUGAUGAAUCUAAUCCAAUUCCAAGUGGUUUUGUUAUUGCUAAUGAUGUUGAUAAUAAACGAUGUUAUACACUUGUUCAUCAAGUUAAACGAUUAGAAAGUCCAUGUUUUGCUAUUAUAAAUCAUGAUGCAUCAAAUUUACCAAAUUUAAAAUUCAAUGAUGGAAAUAUAUUAUUCGAUCGUAUUCUAUGUGAUGUUCCAUGUUCUGGUGAUGGAACACUUCGAAAAAAUCCUGAUCUAUGGAAAAAAUGGAAUCCUGGACAUGCAUCUAGUUUACAAUCAAUACAAUUACGUAUUGCAACACGUGGUAUACAACUUCUUGCACCCGGUGGUCUCAUGGUUUAUUCAACUUGUUCAAUGAAUCCUAUUGAAAAUGAAGCUGUUGUUGGUCAAUUAUUACAAGCAUUUGAAGGUCAAAUUUCACUUGUGGAUAUAAGUGAUAAAUUACCAGGUUUACGAACUAAACCUGGUCUAAAAAGUUGGUGUGUCAUAGGAAAAAAUCAAGAAAUUUAUAAUUCAUUUGAAGAAGUACCAAAAAAUAUGCAAUCAUUAUUUCGACCAAAUAUGUUUCCACCUUCAAAUGAUAUUCUAGAACAAUUACAUCUUGAACGAUGUAUUCGUCUACUACCACAUCAUCAAGAUACAGGUGCUUUUUUUGUUGCUCUGUUUCGAAAAAUUGACAAAAUAGUUGAUUCAUCAUUAUCAAUUCAAGAAGAAACAUCUCAAAAACGUCAAGUAGAAGAAAAUGUAUUCAAUGAAGAUGGAGCUAAUUUCAAACGUGCUCGAUAUCAUCGUGAAAAUCCAUUUAUUUUCUUUGAAGAAAAAGAUAUAAAAGGAUUUUGGCAAGAAAUUAGUGAAUUCUUUGGUGUUCAUCCAUCAUUUCCAGCUGAUCAAUUAAUGACAAGAAUUGCAAGUGAUAGUGGUCGAAAUAUUUAUUUCGUAUCUGAUAGUCUUAAACAAAUAGUUACAUUAAAUCAAGAUCGUAUUAAAUUUAUUAACAUGGGUGUUCGUUUACUUGUUCGAACUGAUUUACGUAAUGAUAAAGAUAAACGUUCAUUAAGACUUGCACAAGAAGGAAUCGCAAUUAUCAAUAACUAUUUUUCCAAGCGUCACAUUCAAUUAGAACAACAAGAUCUAUUAUUAUUAUUAUCACAUGCGCAUACACACUUUGCUAAUCUAUCAGAAUCAGUACGAAAUCAAAUACAAAAUAUGUCCGAUGAUUUAGGCAGUCUAAUUUGUUUAUAUAACAUCAAACAACAUGAUCUUGAUAUACCAAUUAUAUUUGUUUCAUGGCGUGGUCGUAAUUCAUUACGACCAUUUGUAAGUCAUUCAUCAAGAAAAUUUUAUUUUGCAUUAUGUAAUAUCGAUCCAAUGACAAUUAAUGAAAUUAUUGAUAAAUUAACAAUUGAAGAAAAAGCUACCAACCAAAAGAAAGAUGAUGGUUCAUGA